AUGUCUACGGUGCAUCCAACAUCAACCGCGGCUUUCACACUGCAAAGAUCCGGAGCAAUGGAACAAUAUCGCGCACAGCGGGCUGGAACAGAGUUGGAGGAUGGCCCUACCACGGACAGCGAUCCGUCAGUGCGAGGAGAGAGCGAUUAUGAGGAUGAGGACGAGGAAGAGGACGUCGAGGAUUCAGUCAGAGAAGAUAUGAAGAGACUUGAGGAUACGUUCCCAGGAAUUUCCGAUCGAUUUCGUUUGGUGAAUAGAAUUGGAGAAGGUACUUUCUCCACGGUUUACAAGGCGGAAGACCUUCAAUAUGACGAUUUCAUCAACGAUUGGGACACAUUUCAAGACAAACAGAGCGACAGAUGGUCGAGCCCGCCAGCAAAAAGACGACGAGUGGAAAGCGAAGGUAGCAAACGAAGGAAACCACGAUAUGUUGCGCUGAAGAAGAUCUAUGUAACCAGCAGUCCGCUGAGGAUACAGAACGAACUGGAGCUGCUCCACGACCUCCGGGGGUGCCGCUCAGUAUGUCCGUUGAUCACUGCGUUUCGACAUCAGGAUCAGGUCGUGGCAGUUCUGCCCUUCUUCCCCCAUACCGAUUUUCGCAUUCAAUACCGUACAUUCAUGGUCGCCGAUAUGCGACACUAUUUCAGAUCGCUUUUCACUGCUCUGAACUCUGUCCACAAGCACGAUAUCCUCCAUCGAGACAUCAAACCAACUAACUUCCUAUAUAAUCCCGAGCUUCGCGAAGGGGUUCUGGUCGACUUUGGUCUCGCGGAACGUGAGGGUUCCGAUUAUACUGGCACCUGUCUUUGCGCCAACCCUACCUUUGUACGACGUAGUAGAUUUCUGCAAAGCUAUUACUACACGCAUUGCUCCACAACUACGUUGUCUAACGGCUAUCCCAAAAACGACUCGCGGCCAGCGCGACGUGCCAACCGAGCGGGAACUCGCGGAUUUCGAGCCCCGGAGGUUCUCUUCAAAUGCACAUCCCAAACAACGAAAAUAGAUAUGUGGUCAGCAGGCGUCAUUCUUCUUACCUUGCUUGGACGCCGGUUCCCAUUCUUCAACUCUGCCGAUGACGUCGACGCGAUGAUAGAAAUGGCGAGUAUCUUUGGCACUCGCCGUAUGAAGACCGCAGCGGCUAUGCAUGGACAAAUCUUCGAGACGAACAUCCCUACGAUAGGCGAAAAGGGUUAUGGCUGGGAGAAACUAGUGAAGUGGGCGAGCUGCGUGGAGGAGCUAACGGAGAGUGAGAGACAGGCCACUCGUCUUCUGGCCGGCCUCAUGGAGCUAGAUCCAUACCGACGAUUGAGUGCCAGAGAGGCUUUGACUCAUGAGUUCUUCACCAACCCUAUUGAGCACGAUGUGGAGUGGGGAGGGCAUCCCGAAGAUAGCGGAGACACUGGGGAGGAUGAUGAAGGUGACAAGGAAGAUGACGAGGCAGACGAAGUAGCAAUGGUAUAG